UCAUUUGUGUUUUCGAUUUUACAUAUUGGAUAUUUUUACGAUAUGCUUCAGUCGUUGUUGCAACCAAGGGAUAAUCAGCGGCUGGCGGUGCGCCACGAGCGUCGGCGGAAUGAGAAGAGAGGAGGCGGGCGGCGGCCAUCGCAGCUGCCGCUUCAGCUGGGACGACCAGGGGAGGGGGAACCCACACCCUCGCCGGACCAUCACAGACCGCUGGCAGAGGUUAUAUGCAGCAAGUUGCUGGCCCUCCACGUCGUAGUGGGCACCCUCCUCCUGGGCAUCGUGAUUAUGGUGGUGGGAGUGGUCCAGCUGUCCCCGGGAGCCGAGGCUGCCCAGCACCGGUACUACCUGAUGGGGACAGGAGCCGUCCUCAUGAGCACUGGAGUGCUGGGGUGUGUGCUCAGAUGUAUUUUCCUCCACUGGCACCACAGAUACUACGAGGACCACCGCGAGCCAGCGCACAAGAACGGCGUCGCCACCGUGGAGGCCGGGCACGUCGCGCACGAUAAGCACGCCGCGCACGACAAGCACGCCGCGCACGCGCCGCACGCGGCGCACGCGCAGGACAAGAAGCUGAAGAGCCAGGCCAGCGUCGGGCACGCUGAGGUGCUGAUCAAGCAGCCGUCGGCCGCUAGCGACACCUAGGCGACAUAACUUAAGAUCGACCACUAGAUAAUCUAGGAUAAGUGCUGCUCGGGAGCGGAUUUGGCUUUUUGAUAAUUGACUAAAAUUUCAUAUUUACUUGUGUUUUGACGUUUGCGUAUUAUAUUCUAGUCUUGACUGGCAAAAAAAAAUAUUUAUUCCCAGAAAAUAUAUAGGUACAUUGCAUGUGACAGUGUAAAAAAAUGUUUCACCUUUUUUGACUGUUUUAAACAUUAAAAGCUUGAUAAUCUGUCAGACACCUUUGCACAUCUCGCUAGCAGUUUUAAAAAAAUCUAAGUACGUAACAAAAGUAAAAGAUAAACAGAUGGCAUUGACUAACUACAUAUUAAACUUUUUUAAAUUUGUAUUGUUUAAAGUGAAAUUUUUAAAUUCUAUUAUAAAGAAUAAUUUAUUGCACAUUAAAUAAAUUGUUAAAUUUUAACAAUGUAAUACACAAAACCGGUUUAAUUUAACUUACAAUAACAACAAUAACUUUAACGCUUUCUCAGAUAUACUUAUCUAAUACCGUAACAUCAAUACAUCGCGAAUACAGUACUUCAAAAUUACGAACAUCUGUUUCAAAUCAAUGCACUCGAGCUCAAUUAUAUGAUUCAUAUUCACCCUUGACUGUCUGUCUGUCAGUUCAAAGUCUUCAAAUCUUAACCUUAAAGGAAAUUGCAAAAAAGUGUGCUGGGAAAUGCAGCGCCAAGUUCUUUAAAAUUUGCGAUUCUUGCAUGACUUUUGAUGCCUUUUUUAAAUAAUCACGUGUCUUACAUUAAGUAACUUGUUUAUUAUAGACUACUUUUGUAGUUGUUUGCAACUAUUUAUCUGUAUUUCAUACAGUUUUAAGGAUGCAAAAAAUAAAAAAUGUACACAAUAAUCUUUUUCUGAAUUAUUGUCUUGUGAAGGCAGCAAAGACGUUACGAAUAUUUUAAUUUGUAUUUUACUAAAUAUGUCACUUCAGUUACAUUUUAAUAUGAAGUUUUAGCGUUUUUAUCAAAAAAGCGAAAGCCGCCAUCUUCGAGCAGCGAGUGUAUGGUCUGAGCUCGCGCAAGCGCAACAUCUCCUUUAUUUCGUGAAGACAAUUCCUUCCAAUCGUGUUAAUUUCCCUUUACUUUGUGUACAUAAUAAUUAGAUAUACCCAUAUAUCUGUGUACUAACAGUUACAUAUCAUUUUACUUAGAACCCGGUCAUGUAGUUUUAAGUUUUAAGUCCGUGCUCCGGCUAAACUCGAUGUAUAUAUGUAAACGCGACAGAUAACCGUUGAGCACUCUAUAUUUCGGUUUUCAAUAUAUUUUUGAGACCCUUUACAAUUUUAACCUCUGUAUUUGAUUGGUGAAUACAUAUUACGUUGCUGAAACUUUAGAGAGCAAAGUUUUAAUUUUGAUUAUGUGAUUGCUUACCAGGGUUAGGUACGAGCCUGAAUAUGAUUGAUUUCAUCUACUAGGAUAAAAUUGUUCUCUUCUUUUGUUUAUUUCAUGUCGACAGUUUAGAAUGAUUUAAGUACACGAAACAUCCGACUUUCUCUCUAGAGUUUCAGGUUUUAGAUGUCGCAGUCGAUUCAACAGGAUUCUAAACCAAUUUUUACUAUUUUCUGUAACGAUUGCGACCUGUAGCUGACAUAGAAUCGGUAUCAAAAUUAUAGAUAAGGACCACUCUAAUCAUGGACAUAUUAAAUUGAAAAUUGCUAAAUUUAUUGACAUUCUAAAACCUUACCGUCCGGUUAAAAGAAAGGUAUUUAUUUACUUAUAAAGUUAUUUAAACAGUUUUAAACUAAAUAUAAACAUUAACAUACAAUUACACUUUAUAGACCAGAGCUUAGAUUGUUUUUUUUUUUAAUAUUAUGAAAAAAUUCAAUUUAAAGAGUUCCCUUUUUGAUUUGACGUGAACACAUUUAAAAGUUAAUGAAUUAAGUAUUUUACCUGAGUAUGAGUAACAAAGUCAUUGCAUUUAAUAUAAGUUAAGAUUCCAUUUUAAUCAUUUAUGUCAUACAUACUUAAUAACGAAUUUAUCUGAAGUUUUAAUUGUAGUACUAUGGUUUGUAGUUGUGUUGUGACGUCAUAUGAUUGAGGAGAAUCCGCGACUAGCGGUAAACAUAGUUAUAUCAGUAACAUAGUUUUGUGUACUAGGUGUUGUCGAUCGGUGUUUUAAUAUUACAAAUAUAACAUAGACCAACGAUAAUGUAAUUUUAACAGGUUUAUUAGUUUGGGUUUUUGGAAUGUGGUCUUGAGAGACACUUGACUUAUUCAUAUAUUUUACUAUCAUAUCUGGAUAUAGAUAUGAUGUUCGUAUUUGUUUACAAGACAGCAUGAUAAAACAAACAGUGUCCGUCUAGAACCGGCAUCGUUGUGUUAAAAAGUGAUACUUUAACUUAUCAAUAGACUAGCUACCGAGAUAAGUGGCGUACUAGAAGAGACGCCUAUGCUCAGCCAGUGGGCGAUAAAGGGCUAAUAUGAUGAUGAUUAUGACGAUGAUGAUGAUGUUAAGCACAAUAAAGCAACACAUUCCAAAAAUCCCAGUACUAGCGUCAUAUUCAUCACUGUAUUAUGUUGAUUUCGUGUUUAGCCAACUAUUUCAAGUAGGGAAAUAUAUUCAUUUGCAGCCUUAUUCUUCGAGUCAUUAAUUAAAAGGGGAAGCCGGGAAGAAGUGGUAGAUAGAAAUAAUUAAUUCGUGUUUAAUGCAAGCACAACGUCAAAAAUAUUCGAUUGCAGUUAAUCAUUUGGAAAAUGAAGCGGGAAAUUUUAUGAAGACACGUUUCCUCCCGGCCGCCCCUGAUUUCUGUAUUAAAUUCGAAAUAAUAUUGGAAUUUAUAUCCUAAGAGACUGAAAUGAGUGUUCUAAAGUAAAUUUCAAGGAUGUAUCUUAUUUAACGGUUUUUGAUACGUAUUUUUUCGCUUCAUUGACGGAUCGUUUAACAUUUUGUAUGUUCCGCUGAACUUAGAACAUUCGCGUAUACAACAGUAGAUCUAACUUUGAAGGAGUAACCCAGUUCUUUAAUAUCAGUAACUGGACACUCUUUAAUCAUUAUUAUAUCAAAAUCAAUUACCCGUUUUCUAACCAAAUAAAAUUUAUUAACUAUAAAUAUUGUAAAAAAAAAUGAUUUGAUUUGUUUUGUGAAGAAUUGAGUGCUAGAGCCAAGUUCAGUGAGUCAGUGACUAAGUUUCCUUUAGAACGCUACGGAAAUGAUAAAUUGUUGAUCUGUUUCACUCGGGUCCAAUGUUUUGGUGAAAACAUUUGACUAUCGGAUAUUUUAUGGAUGCCUUCACAAUCUUGCAGCCUGAGUAGAUAGAACCAUGUUUAUGUACUUAAGAAGAGAUACAUAUUCACAAUCGGUCGCAGCGAAUUGAGAAGGCAUGUAAAAUGUACUACUUUAUCCCUAAACGAAAUAUAUGUAUAUGGUAUAAAUUAUGCUUUAAGCAAGAGCAAAGUCUCGUUUGUAAAUGAGUAAUACUCAUCGUUAGUUAUUAGAUAACAUAAAUCGCAUUUUAAAAUAUCUCUUUAGUGUAUAUUCAAUGCAACAAGAAUGGCCAUGAUUUUAUUAGGGAAUGACAGGCACCGAAGUGUGGCUGGAUGAGGCAAAUGAAUGUUUAUUUAAGUAUUCCAUAAUCUAUGAUACGUUCGUCGAUGUGUUAGGUUAAGGAUAGUGUUACAGUAAUAUAAUAUCUACAUUACAUUAGACGGUUAAUUAUUUAUUUCAAGCAUAGCUUCAGCUCAGAAUCUCGUGCUUGAGAAUUGUUGCCAAAGAUAUUUUAUAAAUUUUUAAGCGUCUUUAGUUACUGAUUCGCAUUAUGCGGGUGCUGCAAUUGAAUUGAGAAUAAUGCAGGAAGUUUUACAGUUAUAUUUUAUGAAUAUUUUCUCUAAAUUAUCAUUAGCCGCUUAAAGUGGGCAACCGUGCCAAAACUACCGCGGGGGAGCCAAGCCACCCGCCAUCUCUUUCUUAUAAGCUUCCAUGUUGAAUUGUAAAAAUAUCUUAAUCCGUAUUACUAUGCAUUUAGGUUUACUUGGCUCUUGAAAUAAAAGCCAAACAGUUGAAAGUAAAUCAAGAAUAUUUGCUAUUAGUCUCGCGUAAGAUCAUCAUUUUUCGAUAAACGUCAAAACAUUCCGCUGUGGCUUCGUAUUGUAUGAUUAUACCGUCAAUGGAUUAAACUAUAUGUGAAACGCAUAAAUUAAUGUUUAGUAUUAUAAACAAUGUAUCAUUGUGUACAAUAAAUGUUGUGUUAACCAUUGAAAAAAAAAUCUGUUCAUAAAUAUAUAUUUUUAUUUAUUGUAUCCUAAAAGUUCUAAAACUAACAUUCGGACUAGAGGUUCCUUUAACUACAAGCCCUACUAACGUCUAACACCCCCUCUAUUCACUGUGAUAAAAUAAUUGUAAGAUUUAAGCAAAACGAUCAUAUGUUUGUAUUUGUAUGACAAAAUAUUAAAGAUUUAAGAGAAAAUAUUUCCUCAAUGAUAUCUCAGUCUGGUCAGUUAACAAUUCAAAAUAAAAGUUGUUGUUUUACAUGCGUAUCACAGUGAAUAAUUUUCAUAUUCAAACCUGGUAUAUUUAUAAUUAUGGAUUCAUCGCUAAUCACACUACAUCAAUACCCAUUGUAAAUAUCAUUUAUGGCCUGAUUUUAUUUAUUUAAUAUUUUUAAACCAAUCUCACGUAACACAGGCCCUACGUCUAAAUUUUAAAUGUUCAACUUAUUGUUUUUAAUAUUUAUCAUUAUAUUGACAUGUUUUAUAUUGAUAUAUUUUAAUUUAAUUACGACUGUGCUGUUUUAUAUCUCAUAUAUUUUAUACCAAUGUCUCUAAAUAAAAUGUGGACGGAA